UUGACACGUGGAGGUUCAAACAGUGCCGAGUGCUCUGCAUGUUUAAUUUAAGCGACUACAGCAAUCAACGGGCAAUUAAUUUUAAUGAAUUUGAAACAGCAUUUGUGAUUCACAAGUUAUGAUAUAAUUGCGGCAUGUGUAUACCCACUUAUCUUAUCAUUAUUAUUCGUCGUGGGUGUGUCUCUGUCUCGCCCAGUAAUGCAAAAUCGGCUUUAAUUGGUUACACUUUAAUUUGUUACAAGCUAAGCUGUGUUAAUCCGUAAUUGAAUAACAUUUUAAAAUUGUGACGGUACUGGUACUACUAUAUAAAACCCAAAAUCGCAGCAGUUUGUGUAUCAUCAUGUUGAGAACUCUACUGCUGCUCAUCGUAAUCGUGGCCAGUUCCCGGGGCACGGACUACGAACUGUUGCUCGAGGAUCCCGAUAUCUUCGCUCCAUGCACAGAAGGGCCGCCCGGAUCCAUUGGAUUCAGAGAAGCAUUCAAUCUGGAUAACUUGGAAAUCAAUCAGGACGCCGAUAUUAUUCAUCUAUCCGAGAAUAUCACCGCCAACUGGGACGUGGAGUCCAACGAUCGUAUUUCCGGCAGGUUUACGGUGAUGCACUACAACCGCGGCAGCUGGGAACCGACCCUAUUUAGCUUGGCCACGCCGGACUUUUGUGCCGCGAUGUUCGACGAGAAUCUGUCAUGGUUCAAAUACUGGACCAAAUACAUUUCGAACCGCGAGGAGAUCAAGAAGAAGUGCUUCAAGACGCGUGGUACCGUGCUGAUGCACAAACCAUUUGAUAUGCAGCUGCGCCUAACGGACAUUCGAGGCGCCUCGUUGCAGGGUCGUUACAAGAUCGUGUCCACUUUUGAAGCUUUCGACGAGAAGGACGUUCCGCGAAAGACUACCAUAUGCUUCGAAAUCAGGGGAGAGGCCGAGAAGAUAAAGUAACACGAUGCAGGAGGUCUGCCUGAUGCUUGUAACUUUUAAGAGAUAAUUGUAUUAUUCAUAGUUUAUAACUUGAAUAAAUAGAUAAUUAUUCCUUAUUAAAA